AAUAACUGUUGACCUGAUGGAUGAUUGUUGACUCGAUGACUUGAUCUAACCAGUUUGUCAAGCCCAACUGAUUCGUUUCUGGAUGCAGUUAAAUAGGUAAACGUUUCCAGAUGAAUGAAAGCACAUAAGAUGCUUGUUCACCUCAAGUGACUCCAACUGUGCAUGUAAUGUUUAUGCUCCUAACGGGUAAGAAUUUAUUAUACUUACUUGAUACAUAGAGUCAUGAAUCAUCUGACUCAAAUUCAGGACUUAAAGAUGCAAGUUUAGUUUAGUGAGUUUAUUUACAGUGUAAGUGUGAGAUGUGCUAUUUACAAAAUCUUUCUGAGGUUGUCAGUUAAAAAGUCCAUUAUUUAGAAAUUCAACAGAAGGGAGGUCCCAUGAAUCAGAGUCCUCUGCUUCUCCUGAACAGAAUCUCUCAUCUCCACCAAGUGACGCACACUCCGCAGUUAGAGCACAAGUGCUUGACUGAACCAGGUGCAUCCAGGAUAGGGCUGAUAUCCCAGCAGGAUCCUGCCCCUGUAAGCGUAAGAACAUAGCAGCAAUAACUAAGAUGGAUAAAGUCCAAUGGAACUUAAGUGCUGUCACUGUGUUGCUGUUCACUGUGUUCCACAGUCUAACAGCAGCUGCCAGGCUGAAGGAACAUCUGGCUGAUUGUCUGGAGGACAAAGACUAUAAUGAACUGCUGCUGACAGCAAAGACUGGUCUUCCACACAUAAAUACAUCUCAUCAUGUUGUUAUUGUUGGAGCUGGAAUGGCUGGGUUGACAGCUGCCAAGUUACUGCAAGAUGCAGGACACAAGGUAACUAUUGUAGAAGCAAGUGGCCGCAUUGGUGGACGGGUUGAAACCUACAGAAAUGAAAAAGAUGGGUGGUAUGCUGAACUGGGGGCCAUGAGGAUCCCAAGUUUUCACCGAAUUGUGCAAUGGUUUGCUGAUGACCUAGGGGUCAAAUUGAAUGAAUUCAUCAUGGAUAACCCUAACACCUUUUACCAUGUUAAUGGAAAGCGGAAAAGAACAUUUGCAGCACAAGCAAAUCCCGAUGUUCUUGGGUACAAUGUGUGGCCAAGUGAGAAAGGGAAGUCAGCAGAUGAACUCCUUCAGCAAGCUUUACAGAAGGUAAAGGAUGAGGUGGAGGCUCAUGGCUGCUGGGCUGCACUGAAAAAAUAUGACCAUUAUUCCGUGAAGGAGUACCUGAAAGAAGAAGGAGAUCUGAGCCCCGAAGCAUUGAGAAUGAUUGGAGAGCUGCUCAACGAACAGAGUCUUAUGUACACUGCACUUAGUGAGAUGAUCUAUGACCAAACUGACAUCAGUGACAGCACCAAGUACUUUGAAGUUGUUGGUGGGUCUGAUCUUCUCCCCAAAGCUUUUCUUACUGUCCUUGAUAUCCCUAUUGUCCUGAACUCUAGAGUCAAGCGUAUCAGUCACUCACACAAAGGAGUCAUUGUAUCAUACCAAACCGGACAACAGUCCUCUCUUACUGAUCUUCAGGCUGAUGUUGUCCUAGUAACAACCACAACAAAAGCAGCUCUAUUUAUGGAUUUCAUCCCACCUCUGUCCCCCAAAAAGAUGGAGGCACUGAGGGCUGUCCAUUAUGACAGCUCCACUAAGAUCCUCCUCACCUUUAACAAGAAGUUCUGGGAGAACGAUGGUAUCCAAGGAGGAAAGAGCAUCACAGACGGGCCUACUCGUUUUAUCUACUAUCCCGGCCAUAGUUUCCAAAAAAAUAAAACCAUCUGUGUCCUCCUGGCUUCCUACACCUGGGGUGAUGAUUCACUACUCUUCCUAGGUGCAAGUGAUGAAGCCCUCAAAGAGCUGGCUCUGAGCGAUUUGGCAAAGAUUCACGGUGAGCAGGUCUGGGAUUUCUGCACUGGGGUGGUGGUGAAAAAGUGGAGCAUGGAUCCUUACAGCCUUGGUGCCUUCGCUCUGUUCACACCCUACCAACACUUAGAGUAUGCUAAGGUGCUCUUUAAAAGUGAAGGCAGGGUCCACUUUGCUGGUGAACACACAGCCUUCCCUCAUGCUUGGAUUGAGACGUCCAUGAAAUCUGCAAUAAGAGCAGCGAAAAACAUUAACAGAGCUGUGCUGCUGAAUUCAGAGUCAGCUAAAUGUCGAAAAAGAGAUGAACUCUAGGGUCUGACAUAUUUAGUCUUCAACAAUCUUCAAAAGAAGGAUCCUUAAACCACUUAUCUACUUAUUACAAACCAAUCGUUUCCAUGAAUUAGCUAAGUGACAAUACUAAAUAUUAUUGUUUCAGAGUUUACAGCUUUUUAUCCUUUUGUUAAUUGAUCUUUUUUUUGUGCUGUACUACUCAAUUUUAAUAUAAAAGGCCUUGGUAAAUUAGUGGUGAUAGAGAUAUAUUAUUAAAAAACUGUAUAUGUAUCAAAGACUUUUUGUGAUGUAGCAUUUUCACACAAUAAAGUGGCAAUGUUACACAAA